AUGAGCCACCCCUCCAAACGCCGUCGCCUCACCCCCUCCCCGCCCCCGAUCUCGUCGCCGAUCGAAACCUCCUCCGACGAGCUGGCCGCUGGCUCCGAUCACGACCAGGAGCGACGUCGCGUGAGUCUCAACGCCUACCCGCCCAAACGCCCCUAUCCGCGCUCCCGGAGUUUCAGCAGCUCAGAAAGUCCCGAUGAAUUGGCCAUGGAUGCAGAUGACUACUGGCGCUCGAGCAAUCGCCGUCGCAAUCAAUCGGUUUGGGGGCGCUCGGAGGAUGAAAACGAGGGAGAUGAAGAGGAGAACGAGAACGAGGAUGACGAGCAAGAGAACGAGAGCAUGAACGACGAUGUCAAUGAGACGGAGCCGAAUGGGGAUUGCGACAUGGAUGAGAUGGAGGCCGCGGAGGAGAAUGAAGCGGAGACAUAUUCAGAUCGCUCGCCGACGCCCGUGCCGCCGCCGCCGCCAAAGCCGGAUUCGGUGGAUUAUCGACAGAAGUUCCUGCUUAGGGGGCAUUUACGGGGGGUGUCGGCUGUGCGAUUUUCGCCGGAUUCGUCGAUGAUUGCUAGUGGAGGGGCGGAUGGCGCAGUGAAGGUCUGGGCUGCGUCUACGGGGAAGUUGAUACAUACUUUUGAAGGGCACCUUGCGGGUAUAUCGACGAUAUCAUGGAGUCCGGACGGAGCGACCAUUGCCUCGGGGUCAGACGAUAAGACCAUCCGGCUAUGGAAUGUCCUCACGGGCAAAGCACACCCCACCCCUUUCCUCGGCCACCACAAUUACGUCUACUCGAUCGCGUUCUCUCCCAAAGGCAACAUGCUCGUCAGCGGCUCCUACGAUGAAGCCGUCUUCCUCUGGGACGUGCGGUCUGCGCGCGUGAUGAAGUCCCUCCCCGCUCACUCCGACCCCGUGAGCGGCAUUGAUGUCGUUUGGGACGGCACACUCAUCGCCUCCUGUGCAACGGACGGCCUCGUCCGUAUCUGGGAUACCUCAACGGGCCAAUGCCUCCGCACCCUAGUCCACGAAGAUAACCCGCCCGUCUCGUCCGUCAAGUUCUCCCCGAACGGAAAAUACGUGCUUGCAUGGACACUGGAUGACUGCGUCCGCCUGUGGGAUUACGUCGAAGGCCGCUGCUUAAAAACCUACCAGGGCCACUCGAACAAGAAGUACAGUCUCUCCGGCGCGUUCGGAGUUUACGGCCAGCGGAUAUCAGCCCGGACACCGGGGUAUGCGUUUGCAGUCAGCGGGAGCGAAGACGGCGCAGUUCUCUGCUGGGACGUCGUUAGUAAGAAGGUCCUGCAAAGGAUUGAAGCGCAUGAGGGUGUCGUGCUGGGUGUGGAUACGUGCUCGACCGAGGAGGGGAGAUUCAUGGUUAGCUGUGGGUUGGACGGGACGGUGAGGGUCUGGGAGGAGGUCACUGCGUCUGAAGCCGGACCUGAAGCCGAACCUGAACCUGAAGCCGAGCAAGGUCUAGACCAAAACCACGCCGAUGGCGAGAACUCGGACAAGAAUCGGGAUAUGGACACCGAGAUGGGCGAGGCAGGCGAGCUUGGUGGUGAGACGGGGGAUCCGACGUAG